GUUCAAGCUGUUGCAUCUCAUCCCCGGCGUAGUUCUUCAGCUUUCUUGCCCCAUCGGAGCACCUCAGUUUCUUGUAGCCCGCCAUGCGUUUCUCCGUGGGUUCGGCCCACGUCGGCAUUGCGCUCGUGACGCUCGGCAGUUUCGUCUGGCAGUUCAUCCGCUUCCACCCGCACCGCCUGGGCCCCGACGCCGCGGGCAGCCAAGGCACGGGCGAAGAUCUGAGAAGCCCACGACGCGCGGGCAGGCGUACGCCGCGAUCUCGUAGACCCUCGGCGCCUGCAUGGCCUUCGGGCUGGCGCACUGGUCGACGGGCGUGCUCCAGGACUCGAGGAAGAGAAGCCGGCAGAAGCACCGUCUCUCGGAGUUCCGCGCGGAGAAGGGGGGGGGUCGGCGCACCUCCGAGGAAGUAUGCUCAUGCUGGUUGUUGCGCUUCCAAGGACGAGACCUUGACCUUCAGCAGCCAGGCCGCGAUUGACCGCGCGGGCGCGAUCGAGUUCAUGUGCAUCAUGUCGGGGCUGCUCUCCUCUCUCUUUAGGUACACCCUGCUCACCCGCCCUGGCGGUAGGGCCCUCGCCUGCGAGUACCACGAGGUCCUGGGACUGAAGGACGGCGUUCCCUCCGUGCCAAUCCUUCUGGUUGGAGCAGUCCAAUUCCUGGCCCUCAGCGUGCAGCGCCACGUCCUCGAGCAAGACCUGACUGAUGGGGGUCCUCUGCUGACCAUUGUGAGCAGCGACGCGGUCGUCAUCAGCAUAUACUUCUACCUGUUCGCGGGGGAGGUGGUGAGCCGUUCUGGAGUGUUCGGCAUUGUCCUUGGCCUGGUCGGGAAUGUUGUCUCCUCCUCGGCCGUAGCGGCGUUGUCGAUCGAACCUGUAGCAAUGGCCUUGAGUCUUGUCAACAUGCUGUUGUUUGCCACGGCGGCCAUCUUGAUGCGUCUCGGAUCCAAAGGUACCUCAGCCGCCGCCAGUUUCGUGAUCCGGUGUCAGACGUUGUCUCUUGCAGCCGUGUUGGGCAGUGUCGUACGUGGUGGUAUGAAUGGCAAGACAGGUAUGUCAUGUUUUGCUGUGCUCGGUUGUUUGGCUCUGCUACAUGAUGUUGGUACCUUUUGCAUUGCGAAAGCUUUGGCAUAUCCUUUGGCAGGAUUGUGUUCUGCUAUCUGGGGGUCAAAUGCUGUAGUGGUGAUUCUUCUGAACAACACUGCCUUGCACAGGUUCCCGAAUGACGUUGCGUUGAGCGGACUGUGCCGUACCGUCGCGGGGAUCUUCGUGUGUUCGACGUGCAGCCGCGAGCCAGGGGCCGUCCCAAUAAAGCAGAGCGGCGACGACGAGGUCGGGGGCAACGUCGCACUGGCAGACGCGAUCGGCCGGGGGGCCGAUGCAGAUGUUGGGUGUCCUGCGCAGUCGGAGUUGAGGGCGUUCCCGCAGCAGGUGUCCAUGCGGCGGAAUUCUUGGAGCCGCUCCGAUGUCUGAGACGCUGCAGAUAGGGGGGG